AUGAGAGACGGGGCCCCAAUGGAAGACCAAAAUAACCAAGUAGCUCUUAAGAUUGGUCUUAUUGGAGAUUCGCAGAUAGGUAAAACAUCACUCAUGGUGAAAUAUGUUGAAGGCUCGUUUGACGAAGACUACAUUCAAACAUUGGGAGUUAACUUCAUGGAUAAGAAAAUCCACAUUAGAAAUACUACGAUAACUUUCUCCAUUUGGGAUCUCGGCGGACAAAAGGAAUUCAUAAAUAUGUUACCCUUGGUAUCGAACGAUGCAGUUGCUAUAUUGUUUAUGUUUGACUUGACUAGAAAAUCUACAUUGAACUCCAUCAAAGAAUGGUACAGGCAAGUCAGGGGUUUCAACAAGACAGCCAUUCCAUUUUUGGUAGGAACCAAGUAUGAUCAGUUUAUUGAUCUAAGCUUCCAAGAUCAGACAGAGAUUACUCAACAGGCCAUGAAGUACGGGAAUGCCAUGAAGGCACCAGUUAUAUUCCUGUCUACUAGCCACUCUAUCAACGUUCAAAAGAUAUUUAAGAUAGUGUUGUCCAAAGCGUUCGAUUUGAAGUUGAAUUUGGAUGAAAUUGUGAAUACAGGGGAGCCAAUACUUGUAUUCAAACAAUAG